AUGAAACUUUUACUGUUAUACGGACUCGUGGGCCUGAUCGUUUUGGCUGCAUCCCAGGAUGUAACUGAGACAACUGAGAAAGUAGAAGAGGUUUCACAAACUACCGAAAAUGAGGAAGUUGUGGCUGUGACAACUGAGAAAGUAGGAGAGGUUUCGCAAACUACUGAAAAAGAGGAAAUUGUGGCUGUGACAACUGAGAAAGUAGGAGAGGUUUCGCAAACUACUGAGGCUGUCAGUGAAACCACUGAAGCUGUUGUUACUUCCACCAAACGUUCUUGUAAGAAACCACAUGGUAAACAUCCACAUCACGGACAUGGUCACGGCCAUGGACAUGGACGCGGUAAAGGACAUGGACGCGGUAAAGGACGUGGUCAUGGUAAUGGACGUGGUCAUGGUAAUGGACAUAGUCGUGGUAAUGGGCGUGGUCGUGAUAAUGGGCGUGGUCGUCGUGGUCCCAGAUUCCAAUAA